UGGCAAAUAAGUAUUUCAGAUCUGGUGGUUUUAUUCAUUGGACCCCUGUUUAUGUCCCACAUAGGUGUAUGCUGUGUCAGAGGCUUAUCAUUCAGGAGAGGGAACACAGGGUCCUUCAUGUCCACUGCCUGGAAGUACUAGCACACUGGAAUUACUGAGUGAAGAGACACCAAAUAGUGCUGUAAUGACUGUGUUCCUAUCCUUAAUUCUGCGAAAUAGAUUAGAAUAGAAUUGUUAAUGAAGCCCAGAGGUAUAAUGUGCCCCUUCCAAUAGUCAGAAAACAAGUGGACAAAAUGCUGUGCCCAUUAGGCUGGGCAUUACAUGGACAUUACAUGUCAACUCUAAAUGUGUAAUUAAUUGUGCUAGAUGCUACUAUAAUUAAGUAAUAAGGCCCGAGGAUGCAUGAUGCAAAGUGGAGUGCCUGGACACAGCCCUUAGCCGUGGUAUAUUGGCCAUAUAUCACAAAUCCCCAAGGUGCCUUAUUGCUAUUAUAAACUGGUUACCAACUUAAUUAGAGCAGUAAAAACAAAUGCUUUGUCAUACCCGUGGUAUAUGGUCUGAUAUACCAUGGCUGUCAACACAUAAUUGAAAUGUACACGCCUUGUUAAAAUAAAAUAAAUGUGUCUCCCGUCCCCCUCUUCGCGUAAAGCCUACAUGCCUUCAGCAUGGCAGGUUAUGUGUUGUAAUACAAAUCUGCUGCUGAGCCAUGAGAUUGAACACCAGAGAAUUGGCGAUACCUCCGGUCAGAUGUGGUCAACAGCUUGGUGCGAGCAAUCCUCUCGUUAUCACCGCGUUAGUUGUUACGCCUUGACGGGGCAUCAUCCUCCCGACCUGUCCUGCAUCACCUGUCCCUUUGAGCCAAGCACACGCGCCUCUCAGCGGGUCCUCGCUCGACUUGCAAAUGAGGUCGCCGCAUUAUUAUUUCAAGGUUAUUUCCUUUUCUUUAAGGCCUUUAUAUUCAGAUCCUAUGGGAGUUCUUAUUUUCACGGCGUUGCUUUGGACCUUCAGUGGAGUGGGAUGCCUUCCUCUAUCCUCCUCUCUACCGAUUGGAAAGGUUGCUGACUGUAUUCAGGACUCUCUGAAGAGUAACAGCGGUGUGCCACAUUCUGGCUGUGACAAACGCAGAACAGAUGAUGCUGUCCACAGGCACCAGGGUCUCCUGAGAGAGCUGCAGGAUCUAGCCCAGGAGGAGAGGGAAAAAGAGAGAGAGUAUGGGAGGGAGAACGAGCGAUAUGAGGAGAACCAGGCUGAGGGAGAGAGGGACAGAGAGGGGAGGAAGGAGGAGCAGAAUAAUGACAAGAAGGAGACUGAGAAAGAAGAGCUGAGAGAGAAAGAGACGAAGGCAGAUGGGGUAGAGGAGGAGGAGAAGGUGGAGAUGAAGGACAGAACAAAUGAGGAGAUAAGGGAAGAGCCCAGACUGGAGGAGAAAAGGGGGGAUGAGGAAGAGAGCGCCAAAGAGUUGGAGGAGCUCCUCGCAAAGGAGAUAAGGAAGAUAGGAGAGGAGGAAAAAGAGGACAGGGAGCUUGAGGAGCUGCUCAAGGAGCUGAAGAAGAAAAGGUACGAGUCUGUGAAGGAGAAAGAGCUCCAGAGAGGGUCAGAAGCAGAGGAGGAGAGGAAGAAGGAUGAGGAGGAGGAGCAGAAAAAGGGAGAGAAAGAGCAGCUAGAUAUUCUUGAGAAGGAAGAGAGGAAACGCAGCGAGGAGAGGAAGAACAAUGAGGUGGAGCUGCUGGUGGAGAAAGGGAAGGUGGAGCGGGAGCUCAAGGAGCUGCUGGAGGAACAGGACAGCAUGAAGAAUGUGGAGAAGGAGAAAGAGAGGGAGGAAAAACAGGAGGAACUGGAGGAGCUCCUCAAAAAGAUGAAACGUGUGCAAGAGGAGGAGGAGCGAGAAGAAGAGGAGAGGAAGAGAGGGAAUGCCAGGGAUGAGGUGAAAGUGGACAAAGAGAGCCAGAAGGAGGGAGAGAUUCACAAGGAAUUGGAGAAGGUGAAAGAAAGAGAGAGUGAGAAGGAGGUUAAGGAGCCUCAGCAGAAGAGAGUGAUGGAGAAAGCGAGUGAUGAGUCGACCCGUCAGUUUGAAAAGGAGAGGAACAGGGACGAUGAUGAUGACGACGAUGAUGAAGAAGCAGAUGAGGAAGAUGAUGAUGAAAACAAUGAGGAUUGGGAAGAGGAAGAGGAGGAUGAGGACAAAAAGGAGGAUGUUGAGGAGGAUGAAGGAGCGGAGCUUCUGGAGAUUGAGGCAGAGCUGCGAAAAGUGGCUGCAGAGCUUCGGGAGCUUCACAGGAGUCGUUAAGUUCUAAAUUACACAGACACACACACACACGCACGCACACACACACACACACACACACACACACACACACACACACACA